CUCGCGGCUACCGACGUUUCUCUUUUCUUAUCAAAAAGAUGAAUAAAAUUUAAAAAAAGGUAGAAAAGCUAGUACCAUUUGCGUUCGAUAGAAAAGCAGAUGGCGCUAAUAACUUAAUGGCGUUUUGUUUACGUUGCUAGUUGCUAAUGCCGAUGGAGCAGGGAUAUAAUUUCCAACUUAAAGGGAAAUUUAUACAAUGAUUUAACUGAUUGCAGUGUAAAUAAAUUCAAGAUGGCACUUAUAACAUUAAAACCAUUAGAUGAUGGCCAGAAGGCUGUUGAAAUACCUAAAGGGAAAACUGUUAUUGGGCGAGGACCUUUACUUGGUUGUAGUGACAAAAAAGUUUCUCGAAAUCAUGCAGUUUUGGAGGUGACGAAUAAGGAUGAAGUUUUUCUUACCCCUACACAUGUGAAUCCCUGUUUUUAUCAGCCAACUGCUGACAGUCCUGGUCAGAUAUUGAAAAAAGAUGUGCCGUGUAAACUUGAAAAUGGCGAUUCCUUCUCUCUCCUACCUCGUGCAUAUCGUUAUCAACUCAAUAUCAAUCCUUCUGAUCAAAAUGAGGAGGGAAAAACAAAUGGUUCCACCGUAGAUCAUUUACAUGAUGGAAAUACUACAAAUGAAGAAUUUGGGGACACCAUUGUGUCUGAAAAAGCAUUUUCAAAAGAAGAAAAUGUGGAAAAAAAUUGUUUAAAGGAAGAAAACACUUUCUCAAAGAGAAUUGCAGAAAUCAAAGGAAAUGAUGAGAACAACUUUACAGCAAAAAACUGUGAUGAAAGCAGCACCAGUGUUGUAGAACCGACGCAAAAUAAAAGUGGUGCUGAGGAGCCUGCACUCGAGAGUAAGGAUAACGAUGCUUCUGCGGACUCAAAAAGUGUUGAUGAAACAAUCGAGGAGACUAAGAACAAUGUUUCUGGAGGGGAAGAUAAAACUGAAAUGGAAACUCCAGAAUCUCAAGAAGAACCUCCUCUGGAG